GCUGCGGCAUCGCGAUGCUGAUCAUCUCCGUUCUGAUAGCCAUAUAUUACAAUAUUAUCCUGUGCUACACACUUUUCUACCUUUUUGCGUCCUUUGUACCUGUGCUACCUUGGGCUUCCUGCAACAACCCGUGGAACACACCAGACUGCAAAGAUAAAAACAAACUUAUGUUAGAUUCUUGCAUUAUUGGUGACCACCCAAAAAUACAAAUCAAGAACUCUACUUUCUGUAUGAGUGCCUAUCCAAACUUGACUAUGGUUAACUUCACCAGCGAAGGAAACAAAACGUUUGUCAGUGGAAGUGAAGAAUACUUCAAGUACUUUGUACUGAAGAUUUCAGCAGGGAUUGAAUAUCCUGGUGAGAUUAGAUGGCCCUUGGCACUAUCUCUUUUCCUGGCUUGGGUGAUUGUAUAUGCCUCUCUUGCUAAAGGAAUCAAGUCAUCAGGAAAAGUGGUGUACUUUACAGCUACAUUCCCCUAUGUAGUUCUCAUCAUCCUUCUUAUAAGAGGAGUAACUCUACCAGGAGCUGGAGCUGGAAUCUGGUACUUCAUCACACCAAAGUGGGAGAAGCUAAUCGAUGCUAUGGUUUGGAAGGAUGCUGCCACUCAGAUUUUCUUCUCCUUAUCUGCAGCAUGGGGAGGUCUAAUUACUCUCUCUUCUUACAACAAAUUCCAUAACAACUGCUACAGGGACACGUUGAUAGUCACAUGUACCAACAGUGCCACAAGUAUAUUUGCAGGCUUUGUCAUCUUCUCAGUUAUUGGCUUCAUGGCAAAUGAGCUCAAAGUGAAUAUUGAAGCUGUGGCAGACCAAGGUCCUGGAAUUGCUUUCGUGGUUUACCCAGAAGCCUUAACUAGGCUUCCCCUGUCUCCAUUCUGGGCUAUAAUAUUUUUUUUGAUGCUUCUGACGCUUGGAUUGGACACUAUGUUUGCCACUAUUGAGACUAUCGUGACCUCCGUUUCGGAUGAGUUCCCCAAAUACUUACGUACGCACAAGGCACUGUUCACUCUCGGGUGCUGCAUCUCCUUUUUCAUCAUGGGGUUUCCUAUGAUCACUCAGGGUGGAAUGUAUAUGUUACAGCUUGUGGACACUUACGCAGCUUCUUACUCUCUUGUCAUCAUUGCGAUCUUUGAGCUUGUUGGAGUUUCCUAUAUAUAUGGUGAGAAAAAAUACUGUUAUUGGACAGUCUGUCAAAGUAACAUGGG